CCCGGGGGCUCCGCCCCUCUCGGCGGUGUGGAAACAACACGCAUGGGCCGUGGACGCACAGAGCUUGGAGAGGCGGUAGGGUUGAGAGGCACGGAUGGGCACCGUGAAGAUUUCUAUGUUGGGAUGGAAGCAGGCAGAUCCCGACGGUGGCGGUGACGGUGACAGACUAUGAACCAUGGGAAAUGUUGAGAGCCAGAAUGGGGACCAUGCCCUCUACAGUAACGAACAUGGCUAUUUGUCACGUAAGCACAUGUCUCGGUCUCUUCGCAUUUCCAACAAGCAGUCCAGACGCUCGCGACAUGCUUCAUCAGGGAAAAUAGAGCACAGGAACUCGGAGACGAGCACCCGCUCAAGUAGCACCCCCAGCAUCCCUCAGUCCCUGACUGACAGUGGCCUGGAACCCUUCAAUGAGACUAAUAUCCUCCCAGAUUUUGGAAGCCCCAUUUGGGUGGACCGUGUGGCCAUGAAUCUACGGCCUGUGUCUUUUCACAGUGACUUGGCCAAUCCGUCAGUGCACAUGACUACAAUGUGCAUAACCCUACCUGGCCCCACUGCAGAGGAGCUGCAGGAUGAAGAUGAGUACACGGGCGAGGUCACGUAUCUCCAGAAAACACAGGAUGGCUCCAAGGAGACUGUCAGCUUCAAGAAAAAGCGGUCCAAAUCUGCAGACAUGUGGCGAGAUGACAGCCUGGAGUUCUCUCUGUCCGACCUCAGCCAAGAGCACCUGACCAGCACAGAGGAGAUAAGAGGCACAGCCAAGGAAAGAGACUUCAGUGACUUCAAAGGCCACCUGCGGCGUAGCCCGACAGUCUCCGCUGACAGGGCGAACUCCUUGGAUGAGCUGUACAGCCAGAAGAGCCUUGCCCGCAGGCAACCCAGCGGCCGCUAUGCCAAGUGGCACGAGGCCAACAGGGCUAUCAGGGAGGGCGAGGAUAAGAUGCUCUCCCUGUCAGAGGAGGAUGGGAGCACCUACAGUGCAUACACCCUUCCCUGCCGGCGUUCCCACUGCCUGUCAGAAGGCCUGAACAGCCACCAAGCUACCAUAUGUGCCAGUAUGCAGGGCAGGAGGGCGCAGACAAUACAGGAUGUCACAGCUGGGGAGGGCAGUGAGUACGAGGACAGUGGAAUCGAUGGGGUGACAGUGGAAGCAGAGCACCAGUCCCGACGCUAUAAGACCAUGUCGGCCUCCUUUUCCGUGUGCUUGGCGCAUGGCAGAGGCAUGUUCGCCGGCAGCGACAGUGGCAGCAGCAGUGGCGGUGGGGCCAACGAGUGUGUACAGGGUGUGUAUGAGAACUUUCGCCAGGAACUGGAGAUGAGCUCCUGCCAGACAGAGAGCUUGGAGGAGGCGGGGUCUGCCCUGAGUGAUGAGCAGAGCAGUAUGAGCUCCGCCUACCAGUCUGACCCAUUACUCAGCAUCGCCCAGGGGAUGGUGCGCAAAGCUGGCAGGCUUGCCGUCAAGAACUUCCUCGUACAUAAGAAGAGCAAGAAAGUGGAGUCAGCCACGAGGCGCAAGUGGAAGAGCUACUGGGUGUCCCUGAAAGGUUGCACUCUGUUCUUCUAUGAGACUGAUGGCCGUUCAGGGAUUGACAACAACAGUAUCCCCAAGCAUGCCAUCUGGGUAGAGAACAGUAUUGUCCAGGCUGUACCUGAGCACCCCAAAAAGGACUUUGUGUUCUGUCUCAGCAACUCCCUGGGAGAUGCUUUUCUGUUCCAGACCUGCAGCCAGACAGAGCUGGAGAACUGGAUCACAGCCAUCCACUCAGCAUGUGCCGCCGCCAUUGCCCGCCAGCACCACAGAGAAGACACGGUGCGACUGCUCCGCGCUGAGAUCAAGAAGCUGGAGCAGAAGAUAGACAUGGAUGAGAAGAUGAAGAAGAUGGGAGACAUGCAACUGUCUGCUGUCAGUGACUCCAAGAAGAGGAAGACUAUCCUGGAUCAGAUCUUCCUGUGGGAGCAGAACCUGGAGCAGUUUCACAUGGAUCUAUUCCGCUUCAGGUGCUACCUGGCCAGCCUCCAGGGCGGAGAGCUACCCAACCCCAAACGCCUACUGGCCUUUGCCUCUCGCCCCACUAAGCUGGCGAUGGGCCGGCUGGGUAUAUUCUCCGUCUCCUCCUUUCAUGCACUGGUGGCAGCUCGCACAGACACUGGAGUGAGGCGGCGAACACAGGCCAUGUCUCGUUCCUGCAGCAAGCGCAAGAGCAGGUUCUCCUCCCUCUGGGGUCUGGACACUACCUCAAAGAAAAAGACAAAAGCCCAUCCCACUAUCAACCAGGUCUUUGCUGAUGGUGAAAAGCCAUUGAAAAAGUCUGUGGGUGGCAUAUAUGCUGAUCCUGCUAAGGAACACACAAAAAGUGAGGAAGGAACAGUGAAGAGCCUUCCAAGACCCAGCACAGAGAGUGACAUCUGGGUCCCUGACCACCUCACCCCUUCCUGGGUGUGUCUGCCAAACGACCAGCCGGUGCUAACCAUAAUCCAGCCAGGGGAGUCGGCACUGUGUGUUCUGGAAACCAUCUGCAAGGCUCACCAGCUCGAUCCCACCAAGCACUACUUGCGACUCCGAUUCCUUAUUGAAAACCAAGUGCAACUCUACAUUCCCAAACCAGAGGAGGACAUGUGCGACUUGCUUUACAAAGAAAUUGAGCUCUGCUCCAAAAUAACAAAAGUAGUCCAGUUUGACAGAGAUGAAUCCUGCAUGAUUGGCUACGGUUUCUCCAUUUCAGUGGUGGAGGAGGACGGAGUACAGCAGCUCUACAUCACUGAUGUGAAGGCAGGCGGAUUGGCCUUUGCCAAAGGUCUAAAUGCAGGGGAUGAAAUACUUCAGCUCAACGGAAAAGACUCUCACAGUCUGAACUUCUCUGACAUGAAGGUGGCAUUCUCUCAAGCAUCACUGGCUUUGACGGUCAACACCCUGCCUUCUGUGGACCGCCGUCAGCUCUGCUUCUUGCCGCCACGCCGCUCAGAUGCAGAGGAAGAUCUCUACACUGACAUCUUUUCCCAGAGUCAAGAGGAGAUCCUGGACGACGGGGUGGGACUGUUGCUGGAGAGCUCAGGAGACAGCCUGGAUGAUGACUCCGAGAUCUUCAGUGAAUUUGACAAGUACAGAAAGAGUACAGAGCAGGUUGCUUCUUUCUGCCGCAGUCUCCAUGACAUGAAUCCCUCGGAGUGUGUAUCCUCUUCAUCUAGUCCGGACUCACCCUUCCCACCUCCUGCGACUCCCCGACAGCUCUCCGAUGCUGACAAGCUGCGCAAAGUCAUCUGUGAACUCGUGGAGACCGAACGAACCUAUGUCAAAGAUCUCAAUUGCCUCAUUGGGAGAUAUUUAACCCCACUGCAGAAAGAGACCUUCCUCACUCAGGAUGAGCUGGAUGUGCUGUUUGGGAACUUGCCAGAAAUGGUGGAGUUCCAAGUUGAGUUUCUCAAAACCCUGGAAGAUGGCACCAGACUGGUUCCAGAUCUGGAGAAGCUGGAAAGAGUUGACCAGUUUAAGAAAAUUCUUUUUUCUCUGGGAGGCUCGUUCCUCUACUAUGCGGACCGCUUUAAAAUCUACAGUGCUUUCUGCGCCAGCCACACCAAAGUCCCUAAGGUUCUCGUAAAAGCCAAAACGGACUCUGAUUUCAAGGCCUUCCUGGAUGAGCGCAACCCCAAGCAGCAGCACUCUUCCACCCUGGAAUCAUACUUGAUUAAACCCAUCCAGAGGGUGCUGAAGUAUCCCCUCUUGCUAAAGGAGCUGUACUCGCUCACAGACCCAGACAGUGAGGAGCACUACCACUUGGAUGUUGCCAUGAAAGCCAUGAACAAAGUUGCCAGCCACAUUAAUGAGAUGCAGAAGAUCCAUGAGGAGUUUGGAGCAGUGUUUGAUCAGCUCAUCACUGAGCAAAGUGGUGAAAAGAAAGAGGUUGCUGAUCUGUCCAUGGGUGAUCUGCUGCUCCACACCAGUGUGACCUGGAUCAAUCCCCCUGCCUCCUUAGGAAAAUGGAAAAAAGAGCCUCAGAUGGCCACAUUUGUGUUCAAAACAGCAGUGGUCUUUGUAUGUAAGGACGGGUCCAAACAGAAAAAGAAAAUGGGUGGCUCCUCCCGAGGUUCUGUAUCUUCAGAUGAAAAAGACCCAUUCCGAUUCCGCCACAUGAUCCCAACUGAUGCCCUUCAAGUCAGAUCCUUGGCCAAUGCAGAUGGCGAGAGCUCUGCUGCGUGUGAGAUGGUCCACACAAAAUCUGAGUCGGAGGGAAGGCCAGAGAGGACAUUUCAGCUGUGCUGUAGCUCUCCAGAGAGUAGGAAAGACUUUCUGAAGACGGUCCAUUCCAUUUUGAGAGAGAAGCACCGCCGGCAGCUCCUGAAAACAGAGAGUUUACCCCUCAACCAGCAGUAUGUGCCCUUUGGAGGACAGCGCCUCUGUGCCCUGAAGGGAGCCCGUCCCGUCAUAAACAGAGCAGCAUCUGCCCCAACCAGGACUCUGGGCAGGAGGAAGCUUGUGCGCAACCGCUUCACAAUUGACACUGACAUCGUUUUUGACGGCGAGCCUGAACAAGACCUUGCUUCGCCACAGGAACCUGACUCAAAUCAGCUCCAGCAGGAGAACAAACAGGAGCCUGAGUUGGCAGGUGACACAGAUCGCUGGGUGGAGGAACAGUUCGACCUAGAAGAAUAUGAAGACCAGGAAGAGGUGAAGGAGACAGACAUCCUGAGUGAUGAAGAUGAGUUCUGCCAGACACCCAGAGCGCCAUCCACAGAGGCCGACCUGGAGAACCCGAUCAUGGCUUUGUCCUUGGAGGGUGAAGAAACGGAAGAAAGCGAAAGCCUCAAGUCCCCAACGGUCAGUGAUGAGAAGAUGUCCAACACAGAGAAACAGAGCACCAUGAUCAGUGACGACAUGGAGGAUCAGAAGCCACCAGAGCAGGAUGAGAUUUGGGUACGCAGGGAGAAAUCAAGUUCACCCCCACACUGUGGGACAUAAAAGCUGAAGAGGACAUGCAGCGACAGAUUUUCAUGGGCGCUCCAUAAAGACUAGUCAUCAGUCUUCACUAACAAUGCAUGAGCAUUGACGUAUAUCGCACAGCUAGUAGAAGAUGUAUCCUUCCUUACCUUACUUUUGCUGAAUGCUUUUUGUACAGGUAAGUUCAUCAGUGAAGCAAUACAGGAAUCCAGAAUGAGGGAGCAUUAUCCCAACUCAAAUGCUGUUACACAGAAUUCAAGCAUAGGCUUUGAGAGAUGAACUAAUAGUACAAUCAUGGAAUCUAAUCACUUGCUUCAAUUAGCAUGGUUUGCACAUUUGGGCAGCGUUCUAUAGUCCUGCCUGCUGUUGCCAAAUUUGGGUAUUGUGAGAACACUGAUAGUAGUUUUGUUUGUGUGACUCAGAGAUAUUGUCAUAGUUAAGGGCUGUAUCUUAUUUGUCCUUAAAGAAAUAGAAUAAAUAAUUGCAACAGACAGUCUUGUCUUGCAUAGUUUACUGUACUUGACAAUACACUGACAUGUUUUAGGAACAGAUUUCCUGAUUAUGUAUAUUAUCUUUUCUUGUUUCAAAGGCUCGAAUCUAUCUUUUUAGUCUGGAAAAUAAUUUUGUUUGUUCUCUUGUUACAUUUAAGAGCAGAAUUAUGUAAUAGCUCCCAUUCCACAAGGCUGGGGGAUUUUAAUUUGUUUUAAUUUAACAUAAUCCUGUUUUACUUGAAUUUGCUGUUUCACAUGUCUGUUUGUUUACUGUGAAACCAUUUUCGUUGAAUUGUUCCUUUUUGCUCCUCAGUAUUGUCAUUCAAAGAACACAUUUCAUACAUCCUUAACACUUCAUGUGCACACUCUGUUGCACAUCAGCUACUGUAAGAGGGUCCCGUGUGUUCCAAAAGAUUGUUCACCAAUUAUGGAUUACAAUGUUUAUUUAUUUAUAUGUAAAUUAAUUUGUUAGCAAAACAUAAGUAAUCAUUUUGUCACAAAGAAAGUCCAAAUUUGCUCAAGCAAUCAAGAGGAAAGACUUGCAGUACACCUGAAGAGUGAAAGAAGUCACUUGUAAACAGUCAUUGUGCUACUAAGACUGCAUUUUUAUUACUGUGUAUAUAUAAAAAAUGUAUUGAUAUCAUAAUAAAUACAGUUGUUUCCUACUUAUAAUUCAAAGCCCAUAUCUGUGGUGAGU